CGUGACCAAACUAAUUGUCUAAAACCUAUAUAAUCAUCUUUAAUCAGAUUUGUGAACACAAGCUGUUCAUAAUUUUUAUUUUAAAAAAAGCCGUAUAAUCGUCCCACCAAUGGGUGGAAUACUAUGUAAAAAUGGAGUCUUAUUUUGGAAAGCUUUAUCGGUUGAUUUAAAUGACCCAACAUUUAAGUCAGAUAUGGAUCUUGUGGAAUGUGGUUCAGGGAAAAUUCAUGAAUCUAUUGAUAAGUUACCAUCGUCUGAACAAGAUUUGAAAACACAUUCUAAAGAUGCACAAAGAUCUGAAUUAUCCACAUUUAAUUCUUCAAUAGGAGUGUUGCUUUCUUGUUUGGGUUGUGUCAUAGGAACAGGAAAUAUAUGGCGAUUUCCACGUAUUAUUGCCACAGCCAGUUAUUCUCAAGGAAGUUUAACAUUCCUCAUUGCUUGGGCAAUGUCAUUAUUUGUUUGGUCUUUACCACUAAGUAUUGUUGAAUAUACACUGGGUCGAUUUACUCGAACAUCUCCACUUGGUGCAUUUCACAGAUUUUUGGGCAAUAAAUUAGUAUGGUUGGGAGGAUGGAUUGUUGCUGUAACUUAUAUGAUCACUGCUUACUUUUCAGUCAUUGUUGGUUGGUGUUUAUAUUAUUUCUAUAAAUCAUGUGCAUUGUCAAGUUUACCGAGAGAUGUAGAAACAAGUAUUAAAAUUUUCAAUGAGUUCGCACAGGAAUCUUACUGGCCUGCAUUAACCCAUACAUUAGCUGUUGUUAUUGUUGGUGGAUGUAUAUUUGGUGGUAUAAAAUGGAUUGAAAAAGCCAAUAUGGUAUUAGUACCUAUGUUAUUAGGUAUAUUAGUUUUCACAUUCGGAUGGUCAUUAACAAGAAAAUAUUCAGAAGUUGGUAUUACAUUUUUAUUUACUCCAUACUGGGGUAGUAUGUUUACUCCUAGUUUAUGGGUUGCUGCUGCUAGUCAAAAUGCAUUCGAUACUGGCGCAGCUAUGGCUUUAUUCAUUUCAUAUUCAUCAUAUUUUAGUCGGAAAAAUGGUGCUGUACGCCUCGGUACCAUGAUUCCAUUAUGUAACAAUAUGGUCAGUUUACUCUGUGCACUAACAAUUUUCUCAACUGUCUUCUCAACUUUAAUACAAACGUCACCAACAUUAACACGUUCUGGCAUCUUGAAAAUAAUGCAAUCAAAUGGACCUGGUAGCACAGGUCUCACAUUUACCUGGAUCCCUGUCCUAUUCGCCUAUGUUGGUGGUCUGGGAAGAGUUCUCUGUUCAUUGUUCUUCUUAUGUCUCUCCUUCGCGGGGAUUACUUCAUUGAUUGGUCAUGUUCAACUAACAGUUGUAACAGCUAAGGACUUGGGCUUAAGUCAUAGACAAGCUGCAUUUGCUGGUUUAUUCCUCACUCUUGUAUUUGGUAUGCCUUCUGCAAUUAGUAUAAAUGUUCUUACAAAUCAGGACAAUGUUUGGGGUUUUGCACUUAUGUUAUCCGGUUUAUCUAUGGCUGGUCUAAUAAUAAUUUAUGGUCCAAUGAAAUACAGAAGGGUCAUUGUUAAUGAUUUUGGAAUCGAUGAUUGGAAACUUCCAGUUGUUUGGGUCUUUAUGAUAAGUGUUUUGGUACCUUUAUCCGGAACCGGAUUGAUAAUUUGGUGGGCAUAUGAUUUGAUAAAAUCUAAUCCUAAAUGGUAUCAACUUACUUUGGAUUCAAUGACUACUACAUUACUUGAGUGGCUCAUUGUAUUUCUCAUUUUAAUUACUGUGAACGCUAUAGCAGUUUGGCGAAAUAUUGAUUUCUUUCAUAAAGAUAAACAAAACGGUUAUGAUCCUCACAAUCCAGAUUAUAUACCAAAAGAUGAAUUGCAGUCAUUUGAUGAAUUCUUUAUUGUAUCCUCGGAUAGUGUAAAUAUUAGUCGAAAUCAAAUGCGAACACACUUCUAAACCUCGUCAUCAGCAACAGUACACCACCAUGAUCAACACUUAAUAGAGAAAAUGUUUCGAAAAUUUUACAACUGUUCAGUCAGUCAGUCGCAACGUAGGACCUGGUACUUCUGUACCUCGGUUCAAAUUGCCAUACCACAUUGGUAUACCAAGAUGAAAUUCUCGGGCAGAAUCCCAGAACAGUAGAGGUAGUAACAAUAUCAGUGAUAAUAUGAAAGAUUAGGCAUCGGAGAUACUAUUCGAGAGAAUAUAAAUUAGUCGAAUGAAGGCACAAGAAAAGUUAUGAGGUAUUCAAGAGCUCAGAAUAUAGAGAAAGACAAAUAGUGGAUAUAGCUAAGCCUUUGCAAGUGGUUUUCAGCCAUGACAUUCAAAGUCUCUAACCAUCGGUAACGAUAUUCAUACAGACCCCAACCAGAUAGUCUUCACCCAUUAGCAUACUUCAGUCCUAUUGUUGAUGACUUCAUGGACUGGUGCCAUGUUUUGGUUUGACCACCCCUAGCUUACUUCCAGCCCACUCCUAUACCAGACAACAUCGCCCGUCAAGAGUCAGUGGUUGGCCAUAUGUAACACAUGUCACAACCACCUCAGCUGAUGAAGAUUUACUAUAUUAUCAACCGAUUUGCCGUUUUUGCCUAGUACCAUAUUCCUAACCUAAGCAUUACUUACUCGGUCAGCCCAAAAUAUACGACAUAUGCUUCACAGACAACUACGAUUGAACACUAGUAACCUAUGAAUAUCCUCUAUAAAUAAUCAUGAAGCAACAGACUAACCGUUAUCGAAUAUUAUAGCCACAGAAGUUUACAAAUUCAUUGUUUCCGACCUUUAUGACUAAUUCGAUCCAAAGUGCUCUAAUUCUAGAUUGCGAUGCUGAUGAUCCCAUCUAUAUGAAUAUAGUAUGAAUGGCACAAAUGAUGUGAGUGAUAUCUUUAAAGUAUGUUCUCUGGAUGUACAAGCGAUGUAAUAAACACCUAUGAAAGUUAGUGGACGAAAACUCUGUUCAAUUACAUACGCCACCAAAUACCCUGGUAUGGCCGAGAGUGGGGUGUGUUCGCCCUCCCUCUCGAAAUACUCUCACGCGGCCGCGCGCAUAAAGGCCUCUGUCAGGGAAAUCCUACUCACUGCGUUCUCGUGGCGGGGGUGUUGUUUACAAAAAUGAGAGAACGAAAAGCGAAUGUCCGGCGCUUUAACCGGAUUCCAAAUCUAUGGUGCACAUGGGCACCAGUAUCCUGCGGGAACAAAUGGCGUAUGAACCAAUUUUCGGUCACUGGCUACCAUGGGACUGCAUCUCCUUACGAUGCCCCACUGCCUUGUGGGUUAGACCUUUAGGUCAAAGGCUCGGGGUGUGGCCCCCUAAGAUAACCACCUGCUUCGGUCUGGGCACCCGGGCAGUAUCACAGCCCACACGCAAUUAAUGAACUGAACUGUCUAUGAUCAUGGAAACUAACUCUCUUGCUUCGACGAACAUUCAAAUGAUUCAAUUAUUAUUAUUGCUAUUAUUAUUAUUAUUAUCAUUAUUAUUAUUAUUUACUACGUCAUUAUUCACCCUCUUUUAUUCCCACUCUGUUUAUACUUAUUUUUUUCGACUUAUACAGCAGCUCGUCUAUAGUGGAAAUUCGACUGUAUCUAAACGUUCUCGAGUCACUGUCCGGUUGAAAAUUGUAUGUUACCACCGAAUAUGAGUACUGAAGCAGUUUUUCUGAAACCACGUGCACCAUUCAAAUUGGCUGCCUUCAACGUUCGCACAUUUAUGCAGGUCGGACAACAGAUAGGGCUGGCUAUGUAUUUGGAAAGUCUUCAUAUCGAUGUCUGCUGUCUAUCCGAGACCCGUAUCCAAGACUCUGGUGAAGUACUACAAAUUCGAUCUCCAUCUGUCACUUCAAAAAGCUUGUUUUACGUGCGCUUAUCCGG